UUCUUUUUCCGUCUUCAGUCAGAACCAUGGAUAGAGAUUACCUUUGUAACUUAUUUCAUAGAUUUAACCUAAGGAGAUUUUCGUUUUCAUUUAAUUUGUUUGUUGUUGUUUUUUUGUUUUUGUUUUUUUGUUUUUUGUUUGUUUGCUUGUUUGUUUUUAAUGUCCAGCCUUUAUAUUGUUUCUAGUUCUCGGUAUUGAUUGUAAUUUUAGGUAUACGGAGUUUUAUUGAUGGAAACAUAUUAUUCUCGCCUAUUCCCACUCUAGGUUCAAAACAUCUUUCAGUAUUUCAAAACAUUCUCAUUUCUAUCUUAAUCACCUGUUCAAAAUAGGCUCGCUCAUUGCUCUUUCUUAUUUAAUGGAGAUGGAUUUCCUCAUUCUAAGUUUUGCUUAUCGUAUUACAAUCAGUCCUUAUACAGCCAUUUCAUUUCUACCUAAACAUUACUCUUCAGUUUUCAGGAGUAAUUCUUAUGUAAUUUUUUACUUUGAACUCAGAGGGACGCUGUUGACCAGGAUGUAUCAGUUCGUCGCUUAUGUGUAGUAGUACCUCCCUCAUCUCCUUCUAUUUUAUCGAGAAGCACAGCGGAGAGAUUCAAUAAAAACCGUUUGUGGGAAUGUAACCGAACGCAGAUACACAAACCUUGGGCUUUCUGUUACGGAUUUCUGUUCAGUUAACGUGAAUCGGGACAAAGGGUUUACAUAUGGAUAUAUUGAUGAUGGCAGGAAUAACAGCGAGACGGCAAGUACUAUUGUUCAUUUCGGUCCUCUCCCUCAGUGCAGCUGUCGGACAGGUCAGCUACUCUAUUCCUGAGGAAAUGGCGAAAGGCUCUUUCGUUGGUAACAUAGCUCAGGAUUUAGGUUUAGACAUCCAAAGACUGAAAUCCGGCAGGGCUCGGGUUUUUACUCGAGACAACACAGCUUACAUCGAGCUAAACAGCGAAAGGGGAAUUCUCCUACUUAAAGAAAGGAUAGACAGAGAGGCGCUGUGUGGACAAAUGACGCCUUGCGCUUUACAUUUUCAGAUUUUAUUAGAAAAUCCGAUGGAAUUUUAUAGUGUCACUGUUGAAAUCACAGAUAUAAAUGACAAUCCUCCGACUUUCAUCACGAACGAGGCACAUUUUAAUAUAAGCGAAUCUGCGCUGAGUGGCACAGCAUUCGUUUUAGAUCGGGCGACCGAUCUUGAUGUGGGCGAAAAUAGUUUAAAAGCAUAUGCUCUUAAACCAAGUGAUAUAUUUUCUCUGAAAAUAAAUAAUCAGGGACAGGGUAGUAAAAACGUGGAGAUGGUUCUGAAUGCACCGCUCGACAGAGAGAAAAAUGAACACCUACGUUUGGUUCUGACGGCGGUGGAUGGUGGCGAGCCGCGGAUGACGGGAACGAUGCAGAUUCACAUUAAUGUUUUAGACGCUAAUGACAAUGCUCCCGUUUUUACACAGCCCGUUUAUAAAGCAUUUAUAAAGGAAAAUGCACCAGUCGGAACUGUUGUAGGGACAGUUACUGCAACUGAUGCAGAUGACGGGUCUAAUGGCAGAAUAACUUAUUCAAUUUCAGCUAUGCUAGAUCAUGCCUAUGGGAUUUUUGAAAUCAAUAAAAGAAGCGGUGAGGUCACUUUGAUUGGAAAGGUUGAUUAUGAGAAAACCAGAACUUUUCAGAUUAAUAUUCGAGCGAGUGAUGACGGAGGUUUAAGUGGUUCAUGCAAAUUAAUAGCUGAUGUAAUAGACACGAAUGACAACCGCCCCGAUAUUCAUAUCAUGUCUAAAUCAAAUGUUAUAUCAGAAGAUGCGAAGCCUAACACCGUUGUAACAAUGAUAAAUGUAGAAGAUGCAGAUUCCUCUGAAAAUGGAAAAGUGCAAUGCGACAUCAAUGACAGUAAUAGUUUCAUAUUGAAGUCAGUUUCAGAAAAAUUCUAUAGUUUAAUGACAGACAGUGAUUUAGACAGAGAGAGAGCCUCUGAGUAUAACAUCACUGUGACCUGCUCUGAUGAGGGAGUGCCCUCCCUCUCCAGCAGCGUCACUCUCACCUUACAGAUCUCAGACGUUAAUGAUAACGCACCUGUCUUUGACAGGACCUCAUAUGAGGCCUACAUUGUAGAAAACAAUACACCAAGUCGCUCUAUAUUCACAGUGAAAGCCACAGACGCUGACUGGAACCAGAAUGCCCGUGUUUCUUACAUACUGGAGGACUCCUCCGUUAACGGAGUGCCAGUCUCCUCGUAUGUGUCCGUUAGUGCUGAUAGUGGAGUCAUCCAUGCAGUGCGCUCUUUUGACUACGAGCAGAUCAAAGACUUCCACUUCCGCGUAAGAGCGCAGGAUGGAGGCUCUCCUCCACUCAGCAGCAACGUGACUGUGAAAAUAAUAAUCCAGGACCAGAACGACAACCCCCCUCAGGUUCUGUACCCAGUCCAGACUGGUGGUUCUCUGGUGGCUGAAAUGGUGCCUCGUUCAGCAGAUGUGGGCUAUCUGGUGACUAAAGUGGUGGCUGUUGAUGUGGACUCUGGACAGAAUGCCUGGCUCUCCUAUAAACUGCAGAAAGCCACAGACAGGGCGCUGUUUGAAGUGGGCUUACAGAAUGGAGAAAUCAGAACUAUCCGCCAAGUCACUGAUAAAGAUGCUGUCAAACAAAGACUGACUGUUAUAGUGGAGGACAACGGGCAGCCCUCUCGUUCAGCUACAGUCAUUGUUAACGUGGCGGUGGCGGACAGCUUCCCUGAAGUGCUGUCGGAGUUCACUGAGUUGACACACGACAAGGAGUACAAUGACAACCUGACUUUUUACUUAGUCUUGGCUCUGGCUGUAGUUUCCUUCCUCUUCAUCACGUGUUUAGUGGUUAUUAUAUCAGUCAAAAUCUACAGGUGGAGACAGUCUCGCAUCUUGUAUCACUCCAACCUGCCUGUCAUUCCAUAUUAUCCACCACGUUACUCAGACACUUUGGGGACAGGGACUCUGCCACAUGUGUACAAUUACGAGGUGUGCAGGACGACUGACUCCAGAAAGAGUGACUGUAAGUUCGGCAGAGCUGGUAGUCAGAACGUGCUGAUAAUGGACCCCAGUUCUACAGGAACGAUGCAGCGGAUACAGAGUGAAAAGAGCAUCCUGGAUGAACCAGACUCUCCUCUAGAGCAAAAGCCUCCCAACAAUGACUGGCGCUUCACACAGGGACAAAGACCCGGACCUAGCGGGGCAACUGGAGGACCUGAGGUUGCCAUGGGAACUGGCCCCUGGCCCCAGCCCCCUACUGAAGCUGAGCAGCUCCAAGCCCUGAUGGCUGCAGCCAACGAAGUGAGUGAGGCUACAGCCACCCUCGGGCCCGGCACUAUGGGCUUGAGCACCCGCUACAGCCCCCAGUUCACCCUGCAGCACGUGCCAGACUAUCGUCAGAACGUCUACAUCCCAGGCAGCACGGCCACCCUCACCUCAAACCCCCAGCAGCAGCAGGCCACGGCCCAGCAGGCCACCCAACAGGCACUGCCCCCUCCUCAGGCCUCGGCUCAACCAGAGCCCCCCAAGGCCGCCCAGACUCCAGCCUCCAAGAAGAAGUCCACCAAGAAGGAGAAGAAGUAGAUGUGAAUAGGUGAAGGAAUGAUAAACCUGGGCCUGAUCUGAUGAGAAAUUAACCCUCCACACCCCACCAUUAGAUAUCUUAAAUAUUGACAGCAAAUCACUUGUGACCACAUGGGCGAUUUUGAAAGUUCUUUGAAAGUGUCUUGAAUGCCUCAAAGAAUCUGAAUGUGUUGAAAGCUGUUAGUGUUUCUAACUUGUGCUGUGCUUAAGGUCUAUUAUUGUUCACAUAACCGUUGUUGGUAGAUAUAUUUGGCUGGGUGUGGGGGGUUACUGCCCCCCGCCCAUAAUUCUUUUUUCUUUUUUUUUGGCAAAAAUACAAAACAAAAACUUGGACAAAGAGAUUCAGUGUAAGCAACCUUGCUGGGAUGACAAGGCUAUACGCAGCGAUGUAUUCAGAAAUGAAAUGUUAAUGUGUUUCACGUUGGAUUUUUUUGUGCACUUUCCAUGAGGUGGAAAGUCACCUGUUGUAAAGUACGUUAGUUGCCAUCCAUUAGAUUGCUAAUAGGGUCAGCAUUGCUGGGUCUUAAAGCGUUAAGUCCUUUGACUUUAAGGCUGUUGUUUGACAAGUAUUACAAACUCUUCUGCAUGCUCAUUAAGGUUCAAACCACAUAUACUAGUUUAGAAUUGCAAACUAUGCAUUGCAAAAGCAGAGGAGAAGGACAUCUUGAAUCUAUUAUCGUCCCUCCAAUCGCAGGUCAAUAUAAUGCACAUGUAGCAUUUACUUGACACAAAAUGAAAAUUACUUUUGUAAUCGCAGUUUAAAAAAAAAAGAUUUUAAUCUUCUGAUAUUUUUAUGACCUGAGCAUGCACCCAGAGGAAGGGCUGGCAAAGGGUGGGGGUUGCAUGGCGCUGUGUCGUGGAGUCACGAGCCAUGCUGUCCAUAUCAGUGGUACAGCAGCAGGGACUGGCUUCUUCUGCAACACCUCCAGAUGGACACAGACAUGUCUUGCUGCCCCACACCCCCCUGCCCUCCCCUCCUCACACUCAGCUCGUGUCCCUCCCUCAUUCACCACCCCCAUAUUGAGAGCCAAACAAAAAGAAAUGCACUGUUAGUAUUCUUAAGAUGAUGUAGGAGUUGUAAUCACUUCAGUCUUUAGGGAAACAUGUAGAUGUGGUAAACUUAAGUGCUUAGGAGUUUCUAGACAUCUUGCGGGCCUUUAGGGCCUCGAUGGAGUAUUUUCCUUCAUCAUCCUUAAGUGCUGAAGAAACGUCUUGAUGUGGCACAGUAUCAUGUCUUUUCUUUGGGAGAUAACGAUUCGAUAGCAUAGAGAAAGUGUUUGUAUAAGAUAUGAAGUUUUUACGUUGCCGUCUAUCCUUCUGUCAGACUCCUGGACACGUACAACAGCAUGAAGAAAAAAAAAGGCAGCUUGCAGGGUGGGUUAGGGAGAGUGGAAGUGAUAUGGUGAGAGGUAAACAGACUGAGGUGGCACCAUUGUAUCGAUCAGGGGGUGGGAAACAUCCUUGGCUCUACCCACUGAAUGUACAGAGGAACCACAGUUGACCUGCCCACCCCAGAAACUCUCUCAAAUGCACUGACUGUAGUAGAGGUCAACAGAGCCAAGCGCAGUUGUCCCUGUUGGUGAGGAGAUGCCACUCACAAGCCCUUUGAAAUCUCUCUCUUCCAUUGACACCAAUGGGAAACCUCAACCUCUUCACCACUCACCUCUCCCCCUCUACUCCCUAGUCCUGUGAGGCUCUUCCCCACUGUAAAUAAACACGAGUCCUGUCGAUGGUAUGAGCCAGGUGUUUGUAUAGUAGGGACCAUGUCCAACAUUUUCAAAAUAAAAGUCCCUCUCCACAAGGCGUGGCUUACUACUGGAAUGUGUUGCAUUUUGUUUUUAAGAAAAAAAAAUUAAGAAAACCACAGUUUAAAAAAAAAAACAAUAAUAAAAAAAAUUUGAGAUGUUCUUCAGCAGUUUGUGUUGCAAUGUAGUAACUAAGCACCAUGGAAGCCAACUAACACUUAAGUGUAAAUAAAUGAUAAAGAUAACUUUAGAUAAGUAAAAGAAGUGACACACGUAGACUAGUUAACUUGUGGUAUGUGUUGCGCAUAUUUUUGUGUUUAUUUUCUCUCUACUAUCUUUUAUCACCCUGUAAAGAUACAAAACAAAAGAAAAAAAAUAUGGAAAAGUUUCUAUCCUUCUGUAACCUCUUAAUGUUCUUUUGCGGUGAUUUUAUCUUGUGCAUUUGUGAAAGAAUGCCUCUCAUUCUCUUUCUGUCCAUAUGAACAAAUGAUUAUAAAUAUUAUAUAUGUGUAAGUCCGUCCGCUGCUGAAUUAAUCCUACUCUAUCCUGCUGUAUUAUCUUUCUUAUCAAAUGCUUAAACCCCACGCUAUACCCCUGUGUUACUCUCUUAUUUUUAUGCUAAUAUUUAUAUUGCUGUUUUAUUUUCUCUUGAACACUGACAUUUCAAAUAAAAAGAUUCAUUUUAAAAAUA